AUGUACAACGGCAGAGGUUCUCCGCAUAGAUAUCACUGGAACCCCUGCACUCCUAGCCCAAAUAGGGAUCCUUUAUACAGGGGAAGGUUUAACAGUCACUCUAGAUCACCAAUCACUUCAACACCUCCAUUUGGCAGCGGGAGAUUUCCUCGAUGUCCACAAGACUCUUUAGUUUGUUGGAGUCCACCCGUAGGUUGUCCAUCUUAUUAUGUUGACAGUCCCCCCGCACGUUAUGGUUCGCCGAAUUUCAACCAACCAUCUUAUCACCGAACCUUUGAUUCUCCCGCGAACUCAUAUGCCUCACACUCACCAUUUGUGUCUAACUGCAAUCCAUCUAUGAAUAUCCACUCUGGUUCAAUUUCUAGUAGUUCUUUGAUAUCGACUCAAGACGACUCGAGUUGGAAGUAUGGCAAUUCUCAGCAUAAUUCUUCAGCAUUUGAUAUUAGUUCAAGAUCACCACGAAAUAGUAGCAGAAAAUUCAAUGAGAAUAACCGUCCAUUCAAGAAUUGGAUUGCAUCCAGUUUAUCAGACCCUUGGGAAGGAAUGAAACCAGUCCGUACACCACAUUCCGGUUAUUUAGUUGAUAAGCCGCCUGCACAAAGACAUACUGUUUUGUUUGCUCCCCACGAACGUCGGAGAAGGUUAGAGGUAGAUGAUGAUGAGGCAGUGACGAUUAGUCCGACAAAGCAACUUCAAAGAGUUUGUUCUAAUUAG